AUGCACCUCCUGCAACGACUGUCAUCACAGGAGGAAACUCAAGCGGAUCCUGAUGACAUCGGCAAUCUGGAGGAGCUGGAGACGCUCAUCAUCUCCGACAACAAGAUCGCCUCGCUUCCGCCGGCUCUCGCUGCUCUCCCCAACCUCCGAGUGCUCGAGGCGGAGAGAAACGAGCUGGAGGAGCUGCCGAGGAGCGACGGGGGGGAGGGAGAGGGGGAGGGAUGGGCAGCACUCGAGGUCAUCAAUGUCGCCAACAACCGCAUCGCCGACCUCUCAAGCCUGUCGGGAGCCUCCAAACUGAACACGCUCAACGCUGACAACAACAAGCUCACGGAGCAUGAACGGAUUCCUGUGACGAGCUGGAGCAGGUUGAAGUCUCUUUCGCUGAGCGGGAACGAGCUCGAGCAGUUCCCACUUGGUGUUGGAAAUCUUCAGCUCCUUGAAGUUAUCGACCUGCAACGAAAUCGAAUCAAGUCACUUCCGGCCGAGCUCGGAGAUCUGAAAGAUAAGACGCUUCGGCGGCUUGCGAUCGAAGAUAAUCCGCUCGAGGACAAGAAUCGAAUCCUGAAGAUCUUGAACAAGGGCAAGAGACCCAUCAAGGAGAUCUUGGAGUACGUCCGCAAGCAGUCGGCCGCUACGCCAUCGACAGCUUCCUCUUCCUCAUCCUCCAAGAAGGCAGGAAAGGGGCAAGAAGUGAAGGAGAGAGAGGACGAGGAGAAGGAAGAGGAAGGGAAGGAGGAAGACGAAGAGGAGGGGAAGGAAGAGGAGGGGAAGGUCAAGGAGAAGCCGAGUAAGAAGCAGGAAGUCAAGAAGCCCAAGAAGAUGUCCCGUCGGCAGGAGGCGAUCUGGCGGAAGAUGCAGCAGGAGAUGAAUGAAAAGGACAAGCCAGCUACUGAGCAGGAGGAGGAUCCAGAAGCAUCCUCUUCCUCCUCCUCCUCCUCCGCUCAAGAGGUGGAUCCUGCGGUGCUUCUUGGCCCGAGCGUCAAGUACAAAUCUGAGGCGGAGCUCAUGGUCGAGCGAGGCGAAGCGCGAGAUGUGAAUCAUGCGCGCAGAAUGAUCCGCGAUCGGCUCGGCAUGAAGAACGACCCCGACACCAAACAUCUCGACAGAACUCCUGCCUCCUCCCUCCCUGCUGAGAGCAAGCGAAGCCUGCGUGUGAAAUCGAGCAGCGUGGGGUGA